CUUUUUGCUAUACAUUUGACAGUUUUUUAAAAAAUUAUAAACAACAUCAUAAAUUACAUAUCAAAAUUUGUAGGUUCAAACAUGGCGACAAAUGAAAUAGCCUCAUUAGCUGAAACAAAAGUUUGCAUCAAAGCCUUAAUACUAUCCAACGCAGAUGCUUAUAAUUUAGACACUUUGCGCAAAGAUUUCAAAAAAAGCAUUGGAUACGAUAUACCUUUUCGAGCAUUUGGUUAUAGUUCCCUCGAGGAUUUUUUAAAGUCGAUGCCAGAUAUUUUAAGUUUAAAAAGACAACAAGGAAUAUUGUACAUACAAGCUACAGGUGAUAACAAAAAAUCUGAGCACAUUACUUAUAUGGUAUCAAAGCAAAAGAAAAAACCGAAUCAAACAAAUAAAAAAAAUUUUAAUCAAACAUCUUGUAACGCAUUAAACUUAUCGCAGAGUCAUAUCCCCAUUAGUAAUUUUCCCAUGUUUCUAAAUAACUACAAUCAAUUAUAUAAUAACCAGGCAAUUUUAACAAAUUAUUUUAAUAAAGAUUUGUGGAAUAUCCCAACUUCCGUUCUACAAAAUUAUAACCAAGCACGUUACAAUAAUAUGAGCAUUUUACCAUAUUUGAAUAUAAAUAUUCCUUUUCCAAAUGUAAUCAAUCAGAAUCAGAAUCAUGUAAUCAAAACAGAAAAUGGAAACGAAAGGGGGCAUCGUACAAAUCAAAAUAAUCGAAAUAACACCAAUGGUCCUUUAGAUUUUCAAAAGAUUGGUUCUAAAGUUAAUGCUCCUGAAGUUAAUAAUGUUUCUGAAAUCGUUAACAAAUAUAAAAAUAAUAAUAUUAAUAAAAACCAUAAUGAAUUAAAUUCAAAAAUGCGUGCUAUGAAUGUUGAAGAUAAAUCGGGAAAUAUAGUUAACAAAUCUACAAACAAUUCCAACGAUUCGCCUCAAACGACUACAUUUUUUUCCGAUAAUCCAAAAAAAAGUGAAAUUCAAAAAAGGCUGGACUAUUGCAGAAUGCAAAAUGAAGAUAUUAAAGUACGUAAUUGUACUGAAAAAAAUAAAGUCGAAGAAAUGGAUAAUAAUCAUUUGAAUUGUUAUCAGGAUGAAUUAUACAAAACUAUUAAAAUUCCUUGUGUAAAUCAAAAUAAAAUUGAAAAUAGGCAACCGAAUCACCAAAAUAAUGAUCAGAAAAACUUAGCUCCUAAUAGUGAUAAUUUAACUCAAUUAGAAAAAUUUCAGAUCCCUUUAAAACAUCAAGAGAUUUGUAAGAUUUGUUCAGAAAGUCAAAAUAAAAAUUCUGAAAGUGCUGGAGGAUUUAAAAAUACUCAUUUAUCUGGGAUCAAUGAUGAUAUAGAAUCGAUAUGGGAUAGCAGAGAAGAUGAAAGUUUUAUUAUCAAAAUUCGGCUUAAUAAUAAAGAUUUUGCUUUAAAUGUAGAGAAAUGCAUUUUGCCUGAUUCUUUAACAAAAAAGAACUUACACGAAAUAAUUGUUACUUAUAUUCAUAAUCCGCAUAGAUUUUGGUUUAGAUUUAAAUCAUAUGAUUCUAUAAUUUAUAAUAAUUUUAAAACUGAAUUAAAUAAAUUUUGUAAUGAGGAUUUUUAUAAAAGAUGGGGACUUCAAAAAGAGCAUUUGCAACCAGGAAAUGUUUUUUGUAUUCCAUAUAAAAAUAUUUGGCAUAGAGCCAAAUUAAUAGCAAAAAAUGAAAAUAUAAUUAAAUUAUAUUUGAUAGAUGUUGGUAUUAUAAUUAAAUCCUGCACAAACUAUUUAAGAUACCUGCCAAAGAAAUAUUCUAUACUGCCAUCUCAAGCAUUUAGGGGAAGUCUUGAAGGCAUUGCACCAUUUACAGAACGUUGGAGUCAAGAAUCAGUUAAUACAUUUUUUAGAAUGUCAUCUACUGAUAUUAUAAAAUGCAAUAUUAAAUUUAUUAAAGAUAAUAUUGCUUAUAUUUUGGCUUUCGAUACAACAAAAAAUCCGGAUGAGCAGUUUUUUAACGAAAUUUUUCUAAAGAAGAAAUUAGCAAAACGGUGUGAGAACGAUCAUUUUGAGAAUAAAUUUCCAACUUUCGAAAUGAUAGAAAACUCAGAGUACCCAGCAUUGUCUGAUAUCCGAGAUAUGAUAAAUAAUUUGGGUAUUCCAUAUUUUUCAAACGAAUAUAAAUUAUUAAAGGAGUUUGAACAUUUGAAUACUGACGAUUUGAGAGAAUUAUACCUACAUUUUAAAAAUACUUUGACAAGCCAAGUAAUAAAUAACAUUAAUAAAAAGUGUUCCGUAAUAUUAAAAAUGAGAUAUAAAAAAAUUAACGCAACUGAAACAAAUAUGGAAAACAGUUAUAUAGUUGAAGAGAUUGCCCAAAAUGGUGAUACUAGUCAUACCAACAAUCAGUUAACAAAACACGAACUUGAUGUUAAUGAAAGAGUUUUAAGAUGGGUCGAACAAUAUAAUAAAAGACACUUAUCAAAAGAAUAAGAGCAAGUUGGUAGUUGAAAUAGUUAGUAGUAACAAGAGUUAGGUAAUUUAGCAAUACAGGAAACUAACAUCACGUAGGUGAAAUAAAUUAAAUAAAAUUUCUAAUACUAAAUUUUUAUGAAAUUAAGCAACAAUUGUACCGAAAGUAAAAAGGUACACUUACAUAAAGAUAUGUAUAUAUGUAUGUACAUAUUUAAUUAAAAUUUUAGUUCAUAGGAAAGCUAUAUUUUAUUGUAAUUAAUUCCUGAAGAAAUAUAGACAUGUAUGUAUAUAUAUGUAAAUAUAUAUAUUCGGAAUAUAAUAUACUAGUUUUGAAAAAUAAUCUCAAAUGAUUGAUAAUAUGAGACAGAUAUGAG